AAUGGCUGCCGUGCAUCCGGAGCCGGCGGAAACCCUGCCGUCAGGCUGGGAAUGCCGUUUCGACCCCAGAACGGGCCGCAACUACUUUAUAAAUCACAGAGAACAUACGACAACAUGGGAAGAUCCGCGCCUACGAUACCCACAGUUGCAGCAGGGCAGCUAUGCAAAGUACUACCUCUAUGGCAGUGGCAAGCCUACACCAGGCCAGGCUGCGACCAAGGCAUCACCAAGAGAAGGCUUCUACACUGCAGCAGCAAGACCUGUGGGCACCUAUUCACCUUACUUUGGAAGUCCUCGAACACCAUAUCGUUUCAAGUCUGACACAGCUGUUCCAGUUGAUGAACAGAUUCUCAUGAAACUUUGCCUUCAAUUUCCAACUGUAGAAGAAGGCCACAUCUUUACUCUACUAAAGCAAUACCACAACAGGGACAAUGUCGUGGUGAGCGCCUUGCUAGCCGAGGGGCAUCCACGUGCCCAGACGCAUCCCAAUGCCCAUGAGCACUUACCUCCGAAGCUGCUCAAGGUUGAUGAAACUCUGGUAACCAAGCUUCAUGGCUUCUUCCCAACCAUUGAUCAGGAAACAAUAAGGGGUCUUCUUUACAAACACAACAACCAGGAGCAUGAGGUGAUACGAGUACUCGUGUCGGGCCCCAACAAUUACAUCAUCCGCCACCAGAGUCCAGCACCAAGCUCACCAAAAAUGAAGCUGCGGUAUCUCAAGUUGCUGUUUCCUGAAGCUGAUGAAGCAAUGCUGUUCAACAUGCUGUAUAAGUGA